CUUAUAACAAUUGCCGGGAAAAAACAUCAUCGAAUGUCAUUUUAUUCGUCGACAUAAAAUUUUGAUUUCUCCGUUUUUACUACCGAAUUUCCUCGACUUACAGAAGGACGGGGGCUUUCUGUUGCUCGUGUUGUUUUGACUCACCUAUGUUACUAAACACUAUUGGUAACCAGUAUAUCGGGUUCUAUCUUCGCUAUUGUUAAAAGCACUAACCCAGUCCUCCACAUCAUCAUGAAACCUACACCCAGCUCAACACCGGGGCCCAGCUCAAACUCGGGAAUAAUUCUGGACAUACCAGAUCAAGGACCCGAAGACCUCCUGGAAGCGCAAAAUACGGCUCGAGUAUGGCUGCAGCGUGGUUACUCUUCGUUGGAGAAUAUAAUUGAGGACCUGCAUGACUAUUUUUCGCUUGAUGCGGAUAACAACCCAAACCCUUCAAUCGGCAGAUUUGCCGAAUAUCUCCUCCAUGACAGACUCCAAGAGCAAGCAGGCUGGCUGGAUGAUGAACAGGCUGAUAUGGAAAAGCUCAUCGAGGCAUAUAAAACCCUUGAAAAGGAGGGAAUCGUAGCCAGAGCAAAUUUUACAUGUUGUGGCACCUGUGGGAAUGCCGAAAUCGGUGGAGAGGCCGAGAAUGGGCAGGUCGGGUACUGCUACUUCCACGAGCAGGACACGGACAGAUGUAUCGAAUGGGGUGGGCUCUGCCUCCGGUACGGUGUGAUUGGGGACGACUAUAAUGAUAAGGAGAAAAGGAUGGCUAUGGGCAAUCGUGUCGCUAAGGUUCUUGAAGACUCAGGACUAGAAGUGGAAUGGGAUAGGAACCCAGAAAGGGUAAUAGAUCUUCCAAAUUUCAAGUGGCAGGUCAGGUUAUAUGAAGGAGCCAGAGUCGAGGAUGAAGAAAGUGGCGACAAAGACGCGGAUGACAUUGGGAUACCCCUAAAGGUUAACAUUCGAGAAGCGGUGAAUUAAGAAGGGAUGGUGGUUAUGAUUGCCCAGGGUGCGUAACAUUACUGUCUCGGGUUCGGCUAUAUACUUUAUUGCUUGGCUUCCCCCCCUUGUCUGCAUGUUGACAAAAUCAUCUAGCAUUUUCUGAUCAGACGUGGGAUAAUAUGAAUCAUAAUAUGAUUAGCCUUUGAAAUACAAGAAAUCAGAGCAUUAACUUGGCAGAAUCGGUAGUCGGAAGAACGAGACCAUCCAGUGAUACUCGUAUAUGCGAGCCACGUGUCAUAGCGUCGCGACUGUAGCUGAUGUGAUAAUGAUUUACCUGCUAAGCUAUGACCUUCGUACGUAUUUAAACUCCAUGCGGACUAUCUACACAGAAGCCGUGGGCUUCCGGUUGGCAAUCACAAAUUUAUGUUCAUAUUGUCUUUUUGCAACCUUGAUCUUGCAUUUACCAGAAUUUACAGGUACGAUGACG